AUGGCGAACCGGCAUCCUCAGGCGAUGGCGAACUGGCAUCCCCAGGCAAUGCACGACAGGGCAGCAGCGGUCCCUCGGGAGGGUAGUUGCGGCUCCUGCUGGGCCUUCUCUGCCACGGGGGCCGUUGAGGGACAACAUUUCAAGAAGACAGGCCGGCUGGUGUCUCUGAGCGAACAGAACCUGGUGGAAUGCACCAAAAACAAAAAGUAUAUGAACUACGGCUGUAACGGUGGACUUAUGGGAAGAGCAUUCCAAUACAUCAUUGACAACAGAGGUAUUGCCUCGGAGCAGAGAUACCCUUACACUGGCAAGGAUAACAAGCCAUGCAGGUACAGCGCAUCCAUGAACGCUGCCAGGGUCUCUAGUUAUUGUAGGGUGCCCUGCCGGAAUGAGAAAGCCCUGCGGGAUGCUGUAGUUGCAAUCGGGCCGAUCUCUACUUGUCUCAAUGCUGGUCGACGUACCUUCCAGUUCUACCGCUCAGUGAAAAUGAAGAACAGUGGGAAGCAACUGCGGAAAAAGAGAUGGCUGUAAAUAUUGAAGAAGGAAUUUCUCAGGAUUUAGAUUAUGUAGCAGAACACCUACACGCAAGCCCAGCAACAGUUCAUGACAAAGUGCUGAGGUUUGUUAGAUGGUUAUGUCUUUUUUUGAUGGUGUGGCAGUGUGACAAAGACGGCCGGAGUGGGUGGCGUCAGACCAGAAACAGGAAGUAAUACACAGAGACUUUGGGGUUUUGGUGAAGCUGAGUGCGUGAUCGCGCUCAGCAUUUAAUGAUUAACAGACAGAACAGAAAAUAAAAGGUUUGAAACAAAAACACAGGACACGGCACUUGAGCCAAAAUAAACAGACAAACAAAAGACGAACACACACUAACAAACGGUGCACGGAGAGACAAACAAACACGGUGAGUACAAACACUUAUAGAUGAUUUCACUAACGUUUCUCCUUCACUUUCUCACCCGUUCUCCACUCUCGAACACCCAACCCCGAGUGAGUCAAACGUGCAUCUAUAUAUAUUGUUGUGCUGGGAUUCAAUUACUAAUUAAUUAUUCACUUGAAUCCCAGCACGUGAAUUAAUUCUGUGCAACCCCGUGCUCACAUACUAUGCUUUAAAUGCACGUGCAGUGAUGUGCAAUCCCGUGCCUAAAUACAAAUAUACAAUUUAAAUCACACGUGAAACACAGACCCGUUUAUAUCCGAUGUACCAAUCUCAGACACAUUUUUUUUAUUUCUGAUACAUGGAUACAAUCGAUACAUGGUUACAAUUUUUUAAAGAUUUGCUGACUGUGUUUGCUGAACCAGGAGGUAUCCUUGGAUUGACACUUACUGUCUUACCUUUCAUUUCCUCUUAUUCUCUGAAUCACAGGCAAGUGUUGACGCAUGUCUCUGAGCGGUCUGUCGUACUAUGUCCGUGGU